UGCAUAUUUGCCUAUCUGCUAUUGUUCUUCGUCGCUGGAUCAAGCAGUGGAGUUGCAAACCUUUGCGAGGAAGGAAAAUUUUUUGAUUCAUCGAAGCAAAAGUACAAGUCAUGCCUCGAGUGCAAAUCCGACAUGCAGGAGUGCUAUUCGUGUUGUCAAACCGAGGUCCAUGGAGGUGAAAAAAAUAACUCGAGCACUCCAAUCCUACGUCAUCAAGUGACAGAUAAACCCGGUUUGCAUGAUGGGAAACCUCGAGCCGCUGAAGGAGACAAGUCUCUUCCGAACAUCUUCGUGGUAUCCACAAUUAGUGUGUUCCUUAUCAGCUCCUUGUUGGUUCUCGUGCUUGUCGUUAUCCGAUCCUCUCUUGAACGCCGUGUUGAAGCAAGAGAAAGUACGAGCAUGAGUAGACAGUCCCAGCAGUCUAGUCCAGUUAUAGAGAUCAUGACGACGCAUGCGCAACUGCUGGUACAAAGGGAUGACGCGAGUGAAGGAGACGCCGCUAAUGAAGGAGACGUAGCCAGUGAAGGAAAUGUUCGACUGGAUAAUACAUACUACGUGGAUGCAGUUAUGUGUCGAUAAUUUUUAAAUCAGAGCCGAAAGGAUAUGGAAAGUAACUGAUUAGAAAUUAUAUAAGAUUUGUUUUUCUUCGCUUAGGUUUGUAAGAAAACUUGCGCCAUACUUCCACCUAAUUUAUAUCCAAUGAAAUAUUUGAAAAAACCAGUCGCAACUUGCGCACUCGCAUUUUCCCGUUUGGUGGGGAUCACAUGGUGUUCAGUGGGAACGAAAGGGGGAAUCAGUCAAGUCAUCACCUAUCAUAGAGUACAGGGGCGAUAAACAAAGGCCUGUCCCUUGGCCUGUUCUUAUUUAUGGUAAGUUCGCUUAAUUCACCUUCGUAACUACUGUGACGAAAGAUUUGGCCUUUUGGUAGUUGUCAUCGGUACACAAAGUAAAUUUUGUGCAGCUUUGUGGGUCGGUGCAAAGACAGCUGAAAAGUUCCCCCACUGGGAUGAUAAUUCUGCAUUUGAGACACUAAAGCUCAGGUUUCCUAGUAUUAUGAUUUAUGUCUUUUUGAGUUUUAAUACCGCAACUGCUUUUUAGCAUGUCACGCAACGAUAUGACUCGUAGUCGUCGUUGCGUGACAUUCUAGAGAGCAGAUAUUCGUUACUUUAUUAGUAAACACAGUAUUUAUACAGUCACUUUGCAAGGAAUACAAACAACCUUAAAAAUUAAAAAAAUAUCUAACAGUUUUGUAACGUAGACGGACACACCGGAUUGCCGGUGUUAAACAUUUUGUGUGAAAUUUAAAAGAAAAAAGUUUAAGUGAACCUGAAA